AGUGGAGAGAGGUGUGUGGUUGCUUUACUACUACUGAUCCAACGGGGACACUGAAAUCAGAUCUUCCCCAAUGUCUCCCUCGGUUUCAGCCUCAGAUGUGAAUUCUGAUCCGCCGACGUGGGCUCUUGAGUUUUAGCAACUUGAUUCUCCGCAAGUCCCAGCCAAAGACGUCAGGAACACUUUUCUGCUUUCUUUUAGAUUGGACCAUCAAGGCUAGGAGCUGCGCAAAGCCAGCAAGCGCCGCACGUCACCGCUCAGGAGCACCAAGGGCGAAAGUGGGAAUCGCACCAGGCGGUCCUUUAACCUUCCGCCUUCCCGGCAACCCCCGGGCGGGAAUUUAGCACAGCGACACCCUCAGAUAGACUCAAGAUAACAGUCUGGGACGGGUGGUCGCCGGUCUCGCGAGAGUUGGUUGUGGAGCGGCUGCUCGUGGCGAGUCUCGUCCGUUGGCUGCGCGGUGAUUGGCAGGCGGCCUGGGUGGCUCUCGCCCCGCCCAUUGCUCCAGCACUAAGCGGCCGCCAUUGUCAGCUCGGGCAGCAGCUGGAGGAGGAAGCACAAACGGAGAGUGGUGGGGCGGUCAGGCGGCACUGCGGCGGUAUAUAGAAAAUGGAAUCAAAACCGUCAAGAAUUCCACGGCGGGUAUCUGUUCAGCCAUCCAGUUCUCGAAGUGUUAGGACAGGAACUGGAAGUGGAGGAACCAACAUAACUGACUCAUAUCAUAUGAGAGAGUCUUCAUUGAGACCGGAAUCUGGAUGCCAGGAAUCUAGCCGGUUGCAUAGUUCCAGCAGAGACUGGGCAAUUGGAGAAAGUGAAGUAUAUGAAAGCCCAUGGAAGCUUCCAGCUUCAUCUCCAACUCGUUACUCAGGAACACUUGAUCGUCCAUGGUCUGGAAGAUUUUUGGGAAGCAGAAACAGAUUGUCUACAUCAUCAUCUUCGCCUCUUACAUCUUCUUGGCUUGGUGAAUCUGAAAGAACUCAGGGAGCAUAUUCUUCAAGGCUUCAUAACCAGCAACAGGAUACUGAUUCUAAAAGACCCAAACUUUCUUAUACAUCUACCUCUAGUGUGAGAAGUAAUGGCUUAAACACAGUCUCAGAUUCCUCAUGGAGGUACAAUGAUGUGUCCAGAUCUUCAUCUAUGGUACUUGGAUCAUUAGGAACUGAACUUGUGAGAGAGAGGAGAGAGCUAGAAAGAACAGAUCCAUCUGUUAGUCUUGUGGAUUGUAGUCACAGGAAUGGUGAUUUCCCAUCUUCAUCAUAUCUUCAGGAAAGAUCUGCUUCUUCAUAUGCACAGGGAGCAAGACCAAAAGAAAACUCAUUGAGUUCUUUGAGGCUGAACACAUCCAUGAACCGCCAGUUGCCUUCUGAACAUCAGUCAUCAUUACUGUCUAGAGACCAUAGCUGGAAUUCAAGAUCUAACUAUGUCUCAAGAGAAUUAGAGUCUACUCAAAGGAAUAUACAGCCAGAGUUUUCCCAUGGUGCCAUGAGAAGUGGAACCAGUUCCUCAAGCAUUUCUGAAAGGGUUAUGCCAUCCCAAAGGUCAUUAAGUGAACCUCCUGCAGAUACUGAAGGAAGGCGUACAACUCGGCAACUACUGUCUCGUUUAGCUUCUAGUAUGUCUUCCACAUUUUUUUCAAGAAGGUCUAGCCAAGACUCUUUGACACCAAGACCUCUAGGUUCUGAAGAUUCAACUGUUCCUAGAGCUCAGGGUUAUACCCAAGCUAGUGCUAUGAACACAGCUACAAAUUCUGAUGAUACAGAAGCUCAGACUCCUGAUGUUUCUCAGGGAUUUAGCUUUCUUCGAAGACGAUGGGGCCUGGCAGGUGUUUCACAAAAUUCUAGUAAUGAUUCGGAAGCUGAAAGUUACCGACAUGAUUCAGAAAAUAGGAAUGCAGGUUCUUGGUUGUCAUCUUCUCUGAGGAACAGGUGUACACCUUUAUUUUCCAGAAGAAGGAGAGAAGGAAGAGAUGAAACUGCAAGAACCUCUACCUCUGAAACACCUGCUAGAUCACUGCAUCUUUUUAGGAGAAGAGAAUCUGUUGGGGAGACAUCUCUUGAAGCACAAAAUGAUUCCCCCAGGUCUGCUGCUAGGCCAUCAACACCUGCAGUACCUAAUGGUGCUACAUCUGUUGCCUCGGGGCCAGAUUCUGUGCAAGGUAGAAGAAAUUCAGGAAUAUCAGGAAUGUUUCCUGGUUCUCUUUUCCGGUUUGCAGUUCCCCCAACACUGGGAAACAACUUGUCUGACAAUGUUAUGAUAACAGUAGAUAUUAUUCCCUCAGGCUGGAAUCAACCUGGAGGAGAAGAUAGUGACAAAUCUAAAAUACCACCUUCAAGAGAUCCUGAAAGGCUUCAAAAAAUUAAAGAAAGUCUCCUUUCAGAAGACUCAGAAGAGGAAGAAGGGGACUUAUGUAGAAUUUGUCAGAUGUCAUCCACAUCUGCUACUAACCUCUUAAUAGAGCCAUGUAAAUGCACUGGAAGUCUGCAGUAUGUUCACCAAGAGUGUAUGAAAAAGUGGCUACAGUCCAAGAUUAAUUCAGGUUCUUCUUUGGAAGCAGUAACCACUUGUGAGCUGUGCAAAGAGAAAUUGCAUCUCAAUCUUGACAAUUUUGAUAUCCAUGAGCUUCAUAGAGCACAUGCAAAUGAACAAGCAGACUAUGAAUUUAUCAGUUCUGGGCUUUACCUUGUAGUGUUGUUACACUUGUGUGAACAGCGCUUUUCAGACAUGCUGGGAACUACAAGUGAGGCCAACACACGAGUUCGGUUUAUUAAUCUUGCAAGAACUCUUCAGGCACACAUGGAUGAUAUUGAAAGCAUCCCAACAUUCCUUGAUACCAGCUGAUAUUGAUCUUGGCCAAGCUGGACACAGCAGGAGCAAGGAAUUUGUGAGCUGGCCCAUAAAGCAGAACUUUCCCAAUAAUUGUGGGGAAGGACUUACAUUUGUAGGGGGUAUGACCAGGAUCCAGGUACCAUUCCAUCCCCCAUGGAACAAUAAUAUAUCCUGUCUAAAUCUGUCUUCAGUAGUUGCCAGUCUUCUUUCUGCUUUUCUGUUGUUUAUUCUUCUUGGCCUCUGUUCCAACAGAUGACUACUGUAAUAACUCAAACCCUGUUUAUUAAACACAUUUGAUUGAUAAAAUUUCUUCCACUUAGGAAUUUUGCCUUCCAGUUCAAGGAGCUUUGGGAAUAUCUAGACUGUUGAUACACAUUGGGAGAAUAUGGAUGGUACUUUUAAAAGUUUUUAUGUCCCAUGUCAUUUAAUAUGGGAGAUUCCAUAAUAAUCAUAAUUAUGUAUUUAAUGGCUUUUCUUAGAAACUGUCCCUAUGCUAGUGCUAAAGAAGCCUUUUGAUGUUGUUAGUAAUAUUUCUAUAGUGCCAUCCAUAAACAUGCAGUUGAACAUAAAACCAAAGUAAAAUCACACAUGAUGCAGAAUUUCUUUUAUUGCACAGAUAACAGUUUGGCCUUUUGCCAUUUCUGAGCUGUAAAGUACAAAGUAGAAUUCAGGAACAGUCACUGGUCACCUCUGCACUAUACAGUCAAAAAAUGAAAGCAUAUAACCCUGUCCAUGUGACUAAAAAACUUCUGUUGCUUUUCACUCUAUAUCCAUGUGCAUAUUAAAAGCUGAUUUUAUUUUAACAUAAGUACAUAUAGUAUAUGUGUGUGUCUUUCCAUUUUUAAUUCUAGUGAUAACGGGGGUGGGAUAUUUAAAUCAAAUAGAUUUAAAUCAUGGUUUUUUACAUAAAGACUCAUUCUUGGUGGUAAAAUCUUAAUAUUUACAAUCAGAUGAAAGUUUCAUUUUUAGAAUAACAAAUUUUCAGAUUAGUUUUACCAUUAUAUAAAUACUGAUUUGGUUAUACUAUUAGAACCACACCAUAGAUAGAUAAUUAUGAAAGCAUUGCAAGGUGUUUUCAUUUUGCAUGCAUGCCUGCCUUACUCAUAGGUAUGAAUAUCCCAUAUUCAUUAAAAUAUUCCCAAACUAGGAAUAUCUCUUAAGGCCUGCUGCCAUUAUAGGUUUUCCUUUCCAGGGAAAGAAUAAUAAGAUAAACCUUAGGCUAGACACAAAAAGAUUCAAAGACUUGCACAGUAUUCUGCUCAAAAGGUUUCACUUACAUUUUUACAGCUUGCCCAUCCUUCCUCACACUUAGCUUCUUGUGCAGAUCUAUUCCAUUCCCAACAAUCUUCUUCUAUUCAUUGAUUUGUUUGAAAAUUAGCACUUAAGACGUGAAGGGUUGAUACUGUGUACAUAAAUUUGCAAAGGAACAAUGGGAUUAAGGUCUUUUUCUCAACUCUGUAUGUUUAUUUUAUAACAUUUUUGCUGUGAAGAAGACACGUGUGAUCUCUGCCGAUGCAAACUCACAGUUUUGAGAACUGUAAAACCAAGCAUCUGUGAUUAUAUCUUCUAGAUAGAAAAGUUGCCCAAUAAUCUUACAAAAACUUCUGGAAGUGCAUGACAUUGUGAAUGGAUUAAUGGAAUUCAUUUACCAAAAAAUUUAAACAUUGCAUGAAUAUGCAGCCUCAUGCUUCAUAAUUAAAAAAAUUAAUCCUUAUUUCAUGAUGAAUAACUUUUGGACUUAAUGUAUCUUAUCUUAAAGAUAGAAAACCAUCUUUAGCAUAUUAUUUAAACAAUCCAAUUUAAAUGUUAAAAAUCUGUUUGAGAUUUUUUUUUAAUCAUUGGUUUUUAUCCACCCUGAAAAAUAAGAUUGAUAUGUGUGGUGAAACAAGACUGUGGCUUUCAGUUUAGUAACAAUCCCAAUUCGAAAAUUACAUACCCCAUAUUAAAUAAUGCAUAUGCCAUACGCAAGUGAUAAAUUUCCCAUACCAUAGGUUUUUAGAAAGAAUUUUGAUUAUGUCCUAUAC